AUGAAUAACAAUAACAGCAGCUAUCUUCAAACUUUAACUUCUUACUUCCCUUCACCUUAUUAUCUAUAUGCCUUUGUUUUCGAUGAUGAGAAAUAUAACCCUAUGCUUAAAUUUCUCUUACUUGAACUCUCACCUGUUAUAACAAUUCUUUAUCCUACCUUUUAUUAUCUUCUUCCAUCUAGCGUUCUUAAUUCCUUAGAUGAUGAAUUCAUGAUAACUUUAAUUUCUCCAAUAGUAUUACAUGUUAAACGACCUGAAUAUCAUUACCAGGGAAUAAUAUCAUCGGCCACAUCAAUAAUAUAUAGUAGCGCGUGGUUAUUGUAUUCUCAAUUUUAUGGAAUCGUUGAAGAUGAGAAAGAGAGAGAAAAGUCACUAAUAUCAGAAAAAGCAAAGUAUGAAUUGAAAAUAAAUGAAGAUUUCUUGAAAAAUAUAAAAAAUAUAGAAGAAGAUAUUGAAACUUUCGUUCCAGAAACUUUGAUGGAUGGAUUCAAAUAUUAUUAUUCGGAACCUUUAGAAAUGAAUAAAAUCAAUAUAUCAACAAUUGAAGAAAAUGUCACACCAUUAGAUCUUUCCGAAACAAAUGAAUUUACUAAAAAGCCAUCACCAGAAUCUUUCACUUUAAAGAUUAAGACGUCACCACCUACUUCCCGUCAACCCAAAGUUAUUGCAUAUGAAAAAAAAAGAAAUCCGAAUCGAAGAAUAUCACGAAAAAGAUCUUCAUUAUUAAGUCGAAAAUAUUCGCGAGGAUCAAUUCGACGAAACAAAACCAAAGAAAGAUCGCAAGAGAGAAAAGUGGAUGUUGUUACAAUAGAACCACGACCAAUUGACACGGAAUAUAAAAAAGCAUUACAAAAUAAACAAACAACAAAACGACUUUCAAAGAAAUCAUCAAUCCGUAGGAAGUCAUCGCAUACGAAACGAAACGUUACAUUUUCAUCAGAUUAUAAUGAACCAUCUCAUAUAAUAGUGACACCUUAUGAAAAACCAAAAUCUCCGAAACGAAACCCAACCAAAAAGCAUUCAUUAUUACGAAGAAAAACUACAUUAAUGAUUAGUAAAGAAGCAAAUUUUGUACAAUUUGAUUAUUCCUCAAUUUUAAAUGAUUUAAAUACUUUUAACUUAAAAUCCUUUGAUUAUUCUCGAAUACUUUAUGCGUUCAUAGUAUUCCCACUUUAUAUCAUAAUAGUUAUCCCUUUAAAUGUCAUACUUUAUUCAACUCUUGCAAUUUCAGUGGUAUACCUUUUAAAGCAACAAUGGUUUGAUGAAGGUAAUAUUAUACAAGAUCCAAUAAAACGAGAACGUUAUAUAAACAAAACAAAAUUAAGUUUGUUUGCGUUAUCAAUUUUCUUUGCAAUUAUGAUAGGAUUUGUAGCACCAUUGGUAUUGUUCUUCUUGGGAUUUAAAGCAGCAUAUAUUGCGGUAGUAAAUUCUUUAGAGGAUUGUAUUUAUUUCAGUUUUAAAAUGGCAAUAGGUUAUUCUGAAAAAGACUUUAAAGAGAAAUUGAAUAUUUAA